AUGCAUCUAUUAUAUGAUAUUAUAUUAAUUUUUAUAUGUAUUCCAUAUUAUUUAUGUUUGAAUAGUUUCACUUAUGUAUUAUCACAUAUAAAUACAAAUAAAAUAUAUUCUGUAUUACGUUCAAAUGAUAGUAUAUUAACUAAUUCUUCAUAUGUUCAACAUUUAUCAUUAUCAGGUGUUAAAUUACUUGAUUCAAUAGAAACACUUUUAUCAGUAAAUGAUACUCAAUCAAUUGCAUUUAAUUGGAAUAAAGGUGAUUGUUCAUUACCAUUAGCAUUAGCAUUAAAAUAUGAAUCAAUUAAUAUUAGUAGUUCAAUAUGUUUUUCUGAAAUAGAUUUAUCUGUAAAUAAUAUUUUAAAAUUAUUAGUUACAAAUCAACAAUUAGCAUCAGCAGCUACUUUAUUUAUGAAUCAAUAUUCUUUAACUUAUUUUUCAAUAAUUAUAAGUGAUUCAAGUGAUUUUUAUUUUAAUCUAGCACAAGAAUUUUCAACUUAUUUAACAGAAAAAAAUUUAAUUCUUGAACAAAUUUUACUUAAAUCAAAUUUUCCACCAACAUCAAAUUCUCUACGAAUCUAUUAUAUAUUAUGUUCAUAUGAUGAUGAAAUAUCACUUUAUUCACCAAUUAUUUCAUAUUCAAAAUCAAAAUCAACAACAAGUAAUAUUGUUUUUAUAUUUCUUCGUUGGUCGCCUCAUUUUGUUAGUUUUUAUACAACACAAUAUUUACCGAAUACAACAUCAAUGGGAGCAUCUGCUUCAUUUCCUAUUCUUCAUCUUUUACCAAUUGAUAUUAAUUCAAAAAAUAACUUUAAUGAAAUUAUUUUAAAUUAUGAACAAGAAAUUCUUUCUGAUACAUCAAAUAUAACAUUUAGUGAUGAUAUAAUAUUUAUUUUAAAUGAACUUGAAAGUGUUGAAUAUCUUCGACAAUCAUAUUUAUCAUCAUUUAUUACUCCAAUUACUUUAGAUAGUACUUAUCAACGUUUAUUUAACUAUUUAUUAGUUGGUAGACAAUGUAAUUAUACAUGGACAAUAUUUAAAACAAUAGAUACAAUAAAUUCAAUAUUUGAAAAUAUUGAUACAAAUUUAAAUUUAUGUACAACAAUUAUUUAUCCAAAUUUUGAUACGAAUACUCCUAAUGAUACUGGUUGGCAGAUUCUUCGAAUUGUACUUUUUUCAUUAUUAGGAGUUGUACUAGCAUGUGCAGCUGUACUUAUUGCUUUUUUUGUUAUACGAGCUCGACGUGCUCGAAAACAAAUGUCAAAAGGUCCAAAUAAAAUAAUUCUAUUACCAGACGAUUUAAUGUUUGUUAUGCCUAAAGGAUCAAUAUUUACAAGCAAAGUUAAUUUAAGAAAUGAAGCACAUGAAAGAAGUAAUUUAUCAAUGCGUAGUGAUGAUCUUCGUGCAGGAAAAACAGCACGUUAUAAUGGUGAUUUAGUUGAAGUAAAACAAUUACAUAUUGGUCCAUUAUCAUUGCGUACUAAAGUUAUGCGUGAAUUACGACAAUUAAAAGAUUUACGUCAUGAAAAUCUAAAUACAUUUCUUGGACUUUUUAUUGAUCAAAAUGCACCGGCUUUAGUAUUUGAAUAUGGUGAUAGAGGCAGUCUUGAAAAAAAUUUACUCUUUAAGGGUAUGCGUUAUUUAUCAAAUUCUUCAAUACGUUGUCAUGGAAAUUUAAAAUCAAGAAAUUGUAUUGUCGAUUCACGUUGGGUAUUAAAAAUAACUGAUUAUCGUCUUAAUGAAAUGUAUUCUUUACAAAAUGCUCCAAGACAAGUUGACUUCGCUGAUCUUCUAUGGAUGGCACCUGAACAUGUUCGUACAACAAUUGUUAAAAAUGACGUUGCAACAAUAAUAACAAGUUCAGCAGCGGGUGAUGUAUAUAGUUUUGGUAUUAUUAUGCAAGAAGUUAUUUUACGUGGACCACCAUAUUUUACGUAUAUAGAAUAUAAUGAAAUUCCUCGUAGAACUUCAAAUAAUUGUUUACAAUCUAAAAUUUCUUACCAAAUUAAAUAUGAAGAAUCAAGAGAAACUACUGAAACAAGACGUGAAUUAUGUCUCAAUGAAUAUCGACAACAAGCAAGACCAUAUAAAUGGCGUUAUCGUUUAUCUCCAGAUUGUGCACAUUAUUGUACAACAACAACGGAUUGUCAAAUGAAUCAAGAACAAUCUGCUUGUGUUAAUCCAUUAUGGCCAUUACGAACUAUAAAAUAUGUACAAAAAUUUAAACGUAUUUGUUAUGUUCGAAUCACAGAAAUUUUACAAUAUGAACAAGCUGAACAAAUGUAUCAUAGAUAUGGUCUUAAAUUAGCUAUUAUUGAUAAUAUUCAAUUACUUCAACAACUCCAACAAUUAAAUAUGUUUAAUAUAACAUGUAAAGGACAAUGUCCAAAAGCAAGAGGAUAUUAUAUUGGAUUAAAACGAUUAUUAAAUAGUAAGAAUCAAUCAGAAUCAAUAUGGAUAUGGUCUAAUAAUGUAACAUGGACACAGAAUGAAAUAGAUUGUGAUGAUUAUUCUCAUACUUCCUAUGUCAAUGCAACUCUUCUAUGUUAUAUUGGAAAUGAUGGACAAAAGAAAGUUACUGUAUGGAAUAAAAAUGAACCAAACAAUUAUCACAGUACAUCUUAUCAAGACGGUGAACAAUGUGUAGAAAUAAUCGUUGAUACAAAUAAAAAAUCAUCGUUAGGAGAAGUUGGUAAAUUGAAUGAUAUUCCUUGUACUAAACCAACAUUAGGUGUUAUAUGUCAAAUGAAAGAUAUUAAACCAAUUAAUAUCACACGUUUUGAAUCAUUUGCAAAGAUAAUUGGUUUUAAUACAACUGAAAUGAGUAAUGAAUAUUUAUCAUCUAAUUUAAAAAGUUUGAUUCCAAUAAAUCUAAAUACAAUAACAAAAAUGACUGAAAAACUUGAAGAUUUACUUGUUUUACCAUCGUUUACAACUAAACAAACGAUAGAUAUAUUAAAUAUAUUUGAUCAACUUAUUAAUAUUACUGGACAAAUUGAAAUAGAAGAUUGUUCACUUAAAUUAGUGACAAAUAAAUUAUUACAAUUUCUUGAUCUAUUUCCGACUAAAAUUCAAAUUGAAAAUAAACAAAAUCUUUCAUUUGAAUAUGAAAAUAUAAAUAUAUCAAUAUUAGAUAUUAAUUUUGAAAAUGAAAAUAAUGAAUGGUUUAGAAUAAAUGCUAAUAAAUAUCAAGAAAUAAAUAUAAAUAAACAUCCAAAUACAAUUAUUGAAAUUAAUAUUCGAGUUUUACAAACACAAUUAAUCAAAUUAAAUAAUUAUCGUAUAAUUGAAACAAUAUUUUCAAAUUUUAAUCUAUUUCCACAAAUAAAUAUAACUAAUUUUGGUAUACCUAUAUCUUAUCAAAUAGCAAAUUUAACAACAAUUAAAACAGAUGAAGAUUUAAUAAGAUUUCAAAUUCAAGUACCAGAAUCACUUCAAUCAUAUAAUGUUUCUUGUGUUUAUUGGUCAUUUGAUGAAAAUAAUGGAUCAUGGAUAACUGAUAAUGGAUGUCAUUUUGUUGGCUAUGUCAAUGAUUAUGCUCAAUGUUAUUGCAAUCAUUUGACUCAUUUUGCUUUACUUAUGGUAUGUUUAGAAAAUCGAUACAAGUCGAUUUCUAUAGGCGAUUAAAAUUCAGAUUAGAAUAAAAAGAUGUUUAAUACAGUUUUCUUAACUAGAGAUGUAAGUCAAUCGAUUGGCAAGGGACGGUUUCCCACUGAUAAAUUGAUUUUUAAGUCGAAUCAAUGUAUGGCUUACCUGAAUUUCGCCAAUUGGAUAUUUGCCAAUGGCGAAAGUCACGAGGAACUUUUACCAUUUGUCACAGAAGAAUAUAAAUGUUGGAUAUGAGCGAGGAGGGUGGGUAUCAGAAUAUAUCUUGGUGCUUUCUGUUAACCUACAUGUUACACUAGCGAAAGUCUUAUUGGCGAAAUUCAGGAAGCCCAAUGUGUAUCUUGAUGGUUCUAAUGAACUAUGAAUAACUUGAAAGAAUUUCUUACUAUUGGCUUAUCGUUGCAGUGAUAUUGCAUUUUUUAGCCCAAUGUCGUAGUCUUCUGUCUGAACAUCAAGAAAAUUGAGUUUCACAUUUCAACUUGAAAUCUUCUAUAGAGAUAGGCGUUAGCUGUAAGAGUUUACGAUGAUAGUUUGAGAUCUUUUGAUUACUUCUAUUCUGAACUAAAAACAUUGGAAUUUGUUGAUGUAUAUCAGAGCUGCCACCAGGCUGGCCUGCCAGGCCAUCGGAAAAUAUGAAAAUCAAAUCUGAGUUGAUCCGUUUACAUUAUAUUGAAGUAGAGUAGGAAACUA